AUGAAUCGUCUUCAUCCCACUUUGAAUUCUUGCAGCGUCGAGGAAUGGUUGGAUUCUAAUCCAGAAACGGCUAACGAUUACUUUCUUCGUAAAGCAGAGCUGACACUUAUUAAUAAGUGGCUAACGAAUCAUGGAUUCCAAGCCUUGCAAGAUUACAUUUCCGGGCGAAAGGGAUCGCUGGGACAAGAAAGCAUUACUCCGACCUCUCCAAAUGACAACAAAUACAGCGACCAGAAUUUCUUCCCCGACUCCAAACAUCACCGAUCGAAUUCGAAGAAACACCUUCGCCAGGACUUUGCCAAGUCGAAGCUCCGAAACAUGUUUCGAACCUAUUGUCCAUCGACUUGCAAUACUGAAGCCAGACGAAGCAGCCUCAAAGAAUUGCGACAGUUCCGUUCCUUACCACCGACCUCCUUGAACAUGUUAGGCAUGUUGAUUCAAUCCAAGAUACGUUUGCCUCGUUAUCCCAGCAAGGAUAUUGACAUGAAAAGGGAAUUGUUUCAUAUGAACGAGAGGGAAUUCUUCUUGGAGAUCGUCAAGGAGAUUUCCAACGAUUUGAAUCCGGUCAGUUUAAGUGCAAAAAUUAUCGCAAACAUCAGUAUCCUCGUGGACGGCGACAAAGGGUCGCUUUUUCUAGUAGAUAGGUCUAUUAAGGAGAAACCUGUUUUGGUGUCGAAGAUAUUCGACGUUCACUCUGGAACAAAUCUUUUGCCGUCGACGACGGAUGAUGCUAUUACUGUGCACUGGGGUAAAGGAAUCAUUGGAUACGUAGCAGAGACGGGAGACACAGUUAACAUUGGCGACGCCAGUGAGUCAUAUCUAUCUAUCUAUCUAUCUAUCUAUCUAUCUAUCUAUCUAUCUAUCUAUCUAUCUGUUCAUAUCUAUGUAUCUUCAAAAAGUUAA